AUGCUACUGCUGGGACUGGCGAAAACCUGCCUUGUCCUUCUCAAGUCUCAGUCGGUGGUCAUGCAUGCAGCGGCGCUAACAGCUGCACACUACGCCAAAGAACGGCCGUGGGUAACGAAAAUUGUCGGCGGAGAAGCCAGCGACCGGAUCAAAUCAUCGACGCGAGAACGCAACCCGCAUCUCGAUGGAUCGACCGAUGAGUCGAUGCAGCAAUCGAUUGACGUGCAGGAUCAUCGUUUCUCCCUUCCUGUUACCGUAUACUUUGCACCCCGGGCCACGUCCCAUCUGCAGAUGAUCUGGCGUGACGCCGCGCAUCCUCAUUAG